UUAAAUCAUGUGAUCGAUCCCUGUCAACAUUCUCAAAUCGUCAAGAUGGUGGAUCGAAAGGCUUUGCCGCUUGUAAUCAUGACAGGUUUCUGGGGAGUAGUGGGCAUUAUUCUACCGAUAAUUGUACAUUUCUUAAUGCGAGGAUCGCCCAACAAAGGGAUUGUGCAGUUGAUGCUAAUGAUGACAGCUGCUUGUUGCUAUCUAUUCUGGUUAUGUGCAUUCCUUUUCCAACUGAAUCCAUUGAUUGGGCCACAGCUGGAUUCUGGAUUGAUAGCGUUUAUCCAGGCAGAGUGGGAAAAUAAUCCAGUAAAUCCAAAUUGAUUUUUGAGUAACGAAAGCAUUAGUUUAGAGAUGAUACCCCAGACUGUUGUACAUAGACUGUACAGUCCUCUGAUACAUCUAGUCACAUUCCAGUGGACCUUACAGAUCUUAGUGUGUUAAUUGGGUCUUCUCAUUGUACAUUUAUUUUGUUACCAGGAUAUUAAAAGUAAAGAUUUUUAUUAAUACUAUUAAAUUUGAGAUCCUCUAAUAUAAUAAAUACAUUUGUUCUAUUUCUUGUAAAAUUACUGUUGGGUAAAGAAAACAAUGAAUGAUGAUUUAUGUACAGGCAAAAUUCAGUUAAACUGUGAAUUUGAAAUGUCAUUCUUUCAGAAUGAAUCAUAACUUGUAAUAGUGUACUUUCCUUUUGACAUGUGUGAUUAUGUUUCAUCUUUUCAUUCAAAUCAUCAUGUGACAUUGAUUAAGUGCUUUGUAUUAAAUUUUGAGUUGUAAAUAGGUACUGAUUUUGAUAACAUGUAGUACAUGUAUUUAUACAAAUGCAUAAACAGAAUAAUUGUUUUAUAUACAUGGGUAAUAUAUGAAAUUUUGUUGAAUUAUGA